UUAAGUUUGAACUAUAGUGCAAAGGUUACUUCAGCUAACUAACUAGCAAGGACUUCGAGAGCUAUUAGCCAUGGCUAUCUCCAAACUGAUUCUUGUUGCUAUGGUGUUUUUCUCUCUACUAGUUCUUCAUCUUGUGGAAGCUGACAACCAAUUAGUGGUGAACACGGAUGCAACAGAGAGUUUCUACACCCCAAAAUUAGAUUGUGGAGCAGCCUGUGAGGCAAGAUGCCGUCUGGCGUCGAGGCAGAAAAUAUGCAAGAGAGCAUGUGGCACUUGCUGUGGCCGUUGUAACUGUGUGCCACCUGGCACUUCUGGUAACCAAGAGCUGUGCCCCUGCUACUUUGCCAUGACAACCCAUGGUGGCAAGCGCAAGUGCCCCUGAAUACUAUAUAUAUAUAUAUAUAUAUAUAUAUAUAUAAAGGACUUUAACAAAUAUGUAUAAAUAUUAGACUUUGCAUUUACAAAUAUUUUCCUGUCUAAAUAUGCUUGCUAUGUUGAUCACUCGUGUAAUUUUGUCUAUGUUUAUGCACGUAUCGUUGUAUAUGUAGCUCUGUAGCAUUAAAGGUAGCUUAUAAGAUGAGAAGCUUUUUGGACGUACGUUGUUUGUCGUAAGAUGCUACCUGAAUCCUUACUAGGAGUACUACUUUGUGAUAUAAAUAAGUACGUGAUGAUUACUUAGCUUGUAUAAGGUAAUCGAUUGCA